UUUUCUUUAUUUAAACGAUUUUCAACGCAAUUCUGUCAAACUUGAUUGGGAAAACUUUCGAGUAGUGUAAUAUUUUUUUUCUUUAAUUCAAAAUAAUAUAAAUACUCUUUUUAAAAUGAGACUGAAUGCUGAAAUAGAAGUUUUAAGUCGUAUAGUACCUUCACUAAAUAUAAAAAGAAAGGGUAAAGCGAUGAAAGCUACUUUAGUGUUGAGUCGGAAACUAAACGUAAAUUCAAUUUCGAAUAUGUCUGAUGUGAUUUUAAUUAUAUGUACCUCGCAAAAUCCAGCAGGUAUGAAAUAUAAAAUAGUAAAAAACGUGGAUAUGGUGUUUACCAAAUUUAUUCAGGAAGGUAAGGCAACAAUUCGUUUGAAAGAACCUGAGCAUGAUAUCAUUAUUAAAAAAGCUGAUCCUGUUCACUUAAAAGGAUUCCUUAAUGCUUUAUACUGCAUACUACGAAAUAAAAACUUGGAUAAAUUACAUCUUUCAGCACCUCCAUCACAAGUAAACCACCCCAAAACUCGACUGAUUAUAAGCAAGCGGCAAGACUAUCCUAUUAGAGCAGGAUUUCCUUCCUCCCUUUCUACAUUAAGAAUUCAACAGUGUAACCUAUGUAGGGUAGACUCUCGGAUCUUAAACUUGCACAACUUGCAGACCUUGGACUUGAGCAACAAUCUUAUUAAGGUAUUACCUGCUAAUUUGGAUCAUUUGACUCGGCUUGUUGAAAUCAAUUUGAAUAACAAUAAGCUUGAGCAUGUGUGUGAUGUAAAAUUUCCAAGGAACUUGGAGGUUCUCAGUUUAAAUUACAACCAACUUCAAACACUUCCAGAACAGCUUUGUUUCAUGGAAAAACUGAAGAUACUGUCUGUCAGUAAUAACAUUCUUCAGGCACUGCCCGAGAGAAUAGGGUUUCUAAAAACCCUGAGAAACUUUAAUGUGAGCAACAACUCUCUAAAACUGUUACCAGCUAGCUUUAUGCAGCUCCGCCUGAAUAACCUAGACUUGUACAAUAACGCAUGGGUUCCUGUAAGUGUUAAUUACAAAGAUACAGAUAUGUUUAUUUCUCUGAUGCCUUCUUUGCUGGAAUGUUCAGCAUCAGUAAUUGUAAAGCAACGUCUUUACUACACUCCUGAAGAUCUACCUUGUUACCUUAUCGAUUACUUGAAAUGUGGACACUGGUGUGUGUGUGGGAAACCGGUAUUCUGUACCAACAGUUCCUUUAUUACAAAGGUUAGUGUUAGAGCUCUUGCUCAGACAACAGUGUUACCGGGUAACUGUGGGGAGGCCACAGUACCUCUUCAAGUGUUUCCUUGCUCACAAACCUGCUGGCUGAAAUGCCAGUUCUACUGAAUUCAUGUAUUACUGUUAUUUUCUUCUAUUUCUAAACAUGAAAAAAAUGUGAAAAUUGAAACAAAAUUAUUUGGUUGUAUUUAAUCUUCUUGUUUUAAAGACAUUAAACUACUACAAAAUAUUACUCACCAACUUGCAUGUGUAGAAAAUAUAAUUUCUUCAAAGAUCUCUGCAUGUUUAUGUUUCUGAAUAUUUCUAAAAUAUACAAGUUGUAAUUGUUUCUAAUAGUUUGUGGAUUUUCCUUCUCUUUAGAAUAAUAGAAGUCUUAAAAUAUUUUCCAGAAGUUCAGUACAUUAUAUAAUGUAAUGUAUAAUUUGUCUUAAUUAAAAUAUUCAAUCCUUAUUGAUGGUAUGAAAAUGUAUUGAAGUUUACUGGUGUGUAUACAAUUGUUUACAACUUUUUUUCUAAAUUAAACAAUGAAUGAGUAAGGCAAUUAGUUUACAUAGACAAGUAAAUAAUUUUUAAAAGGCCAUUAUAAUUUCUUGACCAGUCUGUGUGAAAUAGCCAUUUACUUUGGAUCACAAAUUAAAUAUAAAUGGGAAUCCAGUAAAUAGUAUGACUGAAAAAAAAGGAACUUGGCAUAGUGGUGGAUAUGUCACUGAACUCAUCAAGGCAGUGCCCUGUUGCUAAUAGUAAAGCUAGUAUUAUAUAAUGGAAUUGUAGAAUAUGUUUGUAUACACAGUGAUUACAAGAUGAAAGAAGUAAUUAUCUCUAUACAAAUCACUAAUUAGGCAUCACUUAGUCACUAAUUAGGCAUCACUUAGAAUACUAUGUUCAGUUUUGAUCUCCUCAUCUAACAAAGGAUAUCGGAGGAAGGCUAUUAGGAUGAAUCAGGGAUGGAAGGACUAUCUCAAAAGGACAGGUUACAAUCAUUAGUUUCUCUUGAGAAAAGAAGGAUAAGAGGUAAUCUUAUUGAAAUUUACAAGAUUAUUUGGGGGAUUGAUAGGGUAAAAUCCUCUGAUUUCUUUGAUCUGCAUUCUGAAGAUAAUAGCAAUGAGGGGACACAAGUUUUAAGACUUGAAAAGUAAUGGGGAUCAGCAACCUGUAAGAGUUUAAGUGUGGAAAUAGAAGAUUUCCUGAUAAAUUAAGGGUGGACUUAAAUUUCUCAGGGGUGAUACUUUAUAAAGGAUAAAACAUUUCUUUUUUGUCUGUAAUGUUAUGUCAUAUCAUCAGUACAGAAAUUAUAGCACUUAGUUUUUACAAUGUGAGUCUGUUAUUAAAAAUAAAAUUAUUUAAACAAGGAAA